AAGUUCACCGAAGAUCUGGAACCUCUACCUUACAAUCAAGAAGCGAGCUCAAAGAAAUCACUGGUUUAUACUAGCUCGUAAUCAGGAUAUCGAAUUGGAUAUUGGACUGACCUUCAACUGUUUUGAAUAAUUUUCAAAUUUCACCUCAUGUUUGCAUAAAUCUGUAGUAAUUCCUCAAAGAAUAGGUGUAUUUCUGUACAACCAGUUCAGAUCACGUGAAAUUAUUACACCUGAAACGGCGUCAUGGUUUUUCCGGAUUAUUCACAGUGAUUCUGUAGACAACCGUAAUGACUGAGUUCAAUAUCGGAGCUCAUUGUUCUCAGGAGGAUUGCAAACAGUUAGAUUUCCUGCCUAUCAAUUGUGAACUCUGUGGUCGUAUCUUUUGCAAGACUCACAGUUCCUUGACGGCGCAUAAUUGUCCUAUAUCAAAUUCUUCCUAUCCUCAAGAAUCUAUCAGUCAUAGUCUGCAUUGUGAUGCUGAUAAUGGUGAAGAUAAUACCGGUAAUGUUUGUGAUUUUCAUCAGUGCGGUGAACGACAAUUGGUGCUGUUAACUUGUGAAGCAUGCAGUGGAAAUUUCUGUAUCAGUCAUAAACAAAAAGAAGUUCAUGAAUGUCCUUUCCUGGAAUCGAAUCAAAAGGAAAAAAGCCAAUCAACUAAAGUUGUUGUUGUCGAUCGAGCUGCUUUAAAUGCUAUUUCGCAUACACCAAUUGGAAAUAAACCAAAGGAGUCAACUGCCAAACCAUUAAGUGAUCGUGCUCGAGCUACAAAGGCUAAAUUGAUUUUACUAAGAGCUAAAAUGGAAGCUUUACCGGGUGGUAAACAUGCCAGAGAUUUACCAGAAUCAGAAAGAUUUGUUCUCCGGUUAUCAAUUAUGCCUGAUAUUCUUCCGAAUAAUACUAUAAUUUCAGCCUACUUUGGAAAGCGUUGGCCACUUGGUUGUGUUUUGGAUUAUGGUUGUGAACAGUUUCACUUGCCUAGAGAUAAAAAAUACGGAUUAAUUCGUGUACAAGAUGAAUUAGAUCAGAAUUAUGAAAUUGGUCAACUUCAACAUGAUGAUAUAUCGAAAUCAUUACUUGAUUUAAGUUGUACAAUUAAACAGCAUAUUGAGGAAAAUUGUUUUUCAGAGGGUGAAUUAUUACAGAUUGUAUUCAUACCUCAAAUGUUGUCGUCGCCAUCUUAGUAGUAGUAGUAGAAGUCAUCACCGCCAGCACCUAACAUCGUCAUCUUCAUCAGGAUGUUCUUGUCCUACUUCGCCUUCAACGCAUGCACACACACACGUACACUUAAGUGCUUUGUUAAAGACUUCACCGUUUCUUUCUUCCUCUCUCUUUCUCUUUGUCUCUGGUUAACACCAGUAUAAGACGUCUUACUAGGGUAUUCAUAUACAUUAGAAUAAAUGUGUUCAAAAUCUAGUUCGCAUAUAAUCCAACAUGUUUUGGUUGACUUAGCACAACAAUUCCUUAAGCUGUCAGGCAUUCAUCGUUUCUCUUAUCAUUUCGUCUCUCCUCUCUGUAGUUUCUUAUUGUUCAUUAUAUACUCACAUAUAUGUGUCAUUAUUUCUUCUUAGUCUCUACUGAAGAAAAGAAAUCUAUUCGUAUGCAGUUUUACGGAAUGAAAAUAAUUUACUUGCAACACUUUUUGUGUUUAUUAUUCAACCUGUUCAUCUCAAAGUUCUGUUGUUUUCUUCUUCUUAUGUUGGUUUCACUUUAUUUUCCCACUAUCCACCUAAUUCAGCUUGUUAGAAGACUGGAUAGUAAUCACUAGCUGACAUACAUGCAUACACUCUCACACAUGCACACACUAAAAACAAGUGUGGCUUGUAGCCUGCUAGUCACAUGCAUAAGUAGUGAUGAUAUACGGAUUCACUGUUUGGUUGACGAACGUUUCGAUAUCACUUUAGAUAUCAUUGUAAAUAUUUACACGUUAUUAAUUAUAUACAUAUAUUCUAAGCUUUACUUGUUUCGUAAUAUAUGCUGAAAUAAAGGCUGU